AUGAUUGGUGAAUUUACUUUAUCACUUUCAACAAUAAGAAAAACAACUCAAAGUAAUGCUUUACUCAAUGGACAACUAACUAAUUAUGCACUUUAUCAAAUAAGCGGUAGUGCUUAUACAAGUUUAUCUGCAAAUUCGUAUGAUAAUUGUAGCUGUGGUUCUUCAGCUACAUGCACAUUUCAAUCAAGGAUUCUGGACUAUUAUAGCGGUACAUUAUAUUUAUAUGUACCAGGUAUUUAUAUUGGAUGUUAUAUUAUUGAGUCAUUACUUCAAUCUGACCUACGAUGCUUUUAUAAUCAGAGUUGUAUAGAUGAAUUACAGCCAUUUUUAGCAUCAUCUACACGAAUGAAUGUAUCAGCACUUGAUAAAUCAUUGUUAGUUCAAUUUGUGGAAAACUCAACAAUUCAAGAGGUGAUGGAUGAAUUAAUGAUUGAAACAUGGAACUCAUCAAUAAUGUACGAUAGUUAUUAUAAUGAAUGUCAACCAUCACAAUGUAUUUAUACUGUUGAGACAAAGAAUGGUGCAAUAUAUAUCAUUACGACAUUAAUUGGACUAGUUGGUGGUUUGGUGACAGUUUUAAAACUAAUUGUGCCAAGGGUGAUAUCAAUAUCCUCUUCAUGGAUAAAAAAUCCUUUUAUUCUCGUCGAAUUAUCAAAGAAAAAGAUCAAUGUAACAUUAACUGAUGAUCAAUUUGGUGAUGAAAAUAUAAUCGUUGACGAUUCACCAUUUAAAUCUAUAUUAAUUUAUGUCAAUUCAGAAGGCGUAUCUGUGAAUCUACUUCAGUUAUAUGGUGCUCAAACUCAUAUGGGUCGUUAUGUUGCACUUGUAAUGGAUAAGUUAUUUACGUUAGAAGAAAUAACAACCAUUACUAAAGAUGAAUUGGUAAAGGAUGAACGAUACUUAAUUAUUAAAGGUAAAACAAAAAUCAGUUUUUAUCAUAGUCACUUCUUAAAUAUGGUUCUAUUUAGAAGCAGUUCGAUCAAGAUUCAAGCUGAAUCAUGAAAUGUUACAGUCUGAAUGGUCAACCUCGCAUGAAUGCAUUCUUCAAAAGAGACGCAAUGAAUUGAAGAAAAAAAAAGCAGUGCUGAUAAUGUAACAGUGCAACCUGUACCACAAGUAGCUCUACAAAACAGCUUUGAUGACUUUAUUGGUUCAUUUGCAAAUUAGAAAGAUUCUUGUUAAAUAUCGUUUUUACUUUUAUUUUAUUAAUUCAAGUAUUUUUACUUUAUUAAAAACAUUCAUUUUUUAUAUGUUAUAUGAUUACUGUUAUAAUAUGUACUUGAUUAAUGUUAUUUUACGUUGUAACUCGUGUUUUUGUAGACGCAUUCUUCCUGUGUGAAAACAUAAUGUACGCGUCUUUUUUGUUUGUCUCAUUGC